AUGAGGAAAGACGACAUUAUGAUCGCUGCUGGAUUGGUUUUCCUGAUUCUGUGUGUACAGAACAUAGACUGCACCUCAGACAAAUCUAUGCAGGAAGGGACCCCUUGGAAUUAUGACUAUACCAGAUACCAUCCAGUGUCAGAGAUCUCUGAUUGGAUGGAGCGUGUGGUGACAGAGAACCCAGAGCUGGUGUCCUCCUCUGUGUAUGGAGAGACCUUUGAGGGCAGGAACAUCACAUACCUCAAGAUUGGUCUAGGCUCUGAGGGAGUGCAGAAGAAAGCCAUCUGGAUGGACUGUGGUAUCCACGCCAGAGAGUGGAUCGCUCCUGCCUUCUGCCAGUGGUUUGUUAAAGAGAUCUUACUGCACUACAAAACAGACAAGAAGCUUAAUGAGAUGCUAAAGAACAUGGACUUCUAUGUCACCCCUGUGCUGAAUGUUGAUGGCUACAUGUACAGCUGGAUUAAUGAGAGUACUCGACUGUGGAGGAAGUCAAGGUCGACGCCCCCUGAAGGCUGUACCUGCCAUGGCGUGGAUCUCAACAGGAACUUCAAUGCAAACUGGGGCACUGUGGGGGUGUCCAGAGACUGCUGCCACAACACGUACUGUGGCUCUGGGCCCGUGUCAGAGAAAGAGGCCCAGGCGGUGACCCAGUUUGUGGGGAGCAGAGUGGACCAGAUCCUCUGCUUCCUCACCAUCCACUCUGCAGGUCAACUACUGCUCCUGCCGUAUGGACACCCCCACAUCUCAGCACCCAACUAUGACGAGCUGAUGGCUGUGGGCCAGGCUGCUGCUAAAGCCAUGAAAGCCGUACAUGGGAUGGACUACCGAGUGGGAACCUCACCUGAUAUUCUCUACCCUAACUCUGGUUCCUCCCGAGACUGGGCUCGUUUGAUGGGGAUCCCCUUCUCCUACACCUUUGAGCUGAGGGACAAGGGCGAGUUUGGCCACCUCCUCCCCGAGGAGCAGAUCCAGCCGGCCUGUGAGGAAGCCUUCGAAGGAGCCCUCUCCAUCAUCACCUAUGUCCACGACAAGGCCUUCCACAACCGCACUGAGAUCGGAGCCUCCAGUGUAGCUAGAGCCUUCUGGGCCACCGUACUGGCAUCCUGCCUUGCCACCAUGUACCUGUUGUAGCGGAGACAAAAGGAGGGAGCCAAGGGGAGAAACAGGAACAGAAAAUAGGGGACCGAGUGCAAUACUUUACAGCUAUUGGACCAGAUACUCGUAGAAUAACAAUGAUGCUGUUUGAUCAGUGUGAAUAAAUGGAAGGAAUUUAAAUGUUAUGGAUGAGAGACUAUUAUAUUGCAUAUGUUGAAUAAAAUGACAUUAAUUUCCUUUCAUAUUGAUUCUGAUUGAUAUUAAACAUUUCAUUAUUUAAGUUGGUACACUAAAAUCAUUGUGUGUAUUGAUGAUACCAAUAUUAAUAUUAUUAUAAUAACAUUGUUAUUUUCUAUAAUUACUUAAAUCCAUUGGAGUUUUAAGGAUUUGCUCACAAAGACAUAUGUAACAAUUAUCAAAUAUAUUUAUUAAAGCGUUUUGGUAACAUCACACCCCAAUCCAACAA